CUCUUUCUAGUUUACCAUCAAAUUACAAAUACCCAUUUAGGUUAAAUGGAGUGAUUUCCCGUGACCUUCACCUGCAGAAGUAUAAAACAUGGAUAGACUCAUCACCUCCCCAUCCUUUCACUCUUUUUGUCUCUUCUCUCCUCUACCUUUUCUUUGUCUCUCUCUAUAAGAACAUAUAGUACACCAGCCAUAUUUCCAGUCUCAAUCUUCCAAGAUCUCUCUCCCCAUCUUCUUCUUGCCUCCAUUAGAACCCCAAGAAUCCACAUCAGUUCAAAUAGUUUGCUCAGAGGGUUGGAGAUUUACUUAAACAGUGAGGGAGAGGAGGAGAGCUGAGGAAGCAAGCAAAGAUGCCUAGUGCAGCUUCAUUUUUUAGGCAGCUGAGUGGCAGAGAUAGUUGGAGCUCAUCAUCAAACAGAUGGAGCAAGAAGAGCAAAUAUGGUGGUGGUGAAGGGUGCCAGAGAAGUCUGAAGCAAAUGGAAGGGCUUAGGAUGUGUGGAGGUGUGGUUGAGAAUGGUGGGUUGGUGAUGAGGAAGAGAGUGAUGGUUGUGGUUGACCAAUCUGCUCGUGCCAAACAUGCUAUGAUGUGGGCACUCACACAUGUCACCAACAAAGGUGAUCUGCUCACUCUCCUCCACAUUGUUCCUCCCCCUUCUCACAGUUACAAAUGUUCUGAAAGGAUGUCUGAUUCUUCUCCUUACCUUGCCAACUCUCUUGGGUCCCUUUGCAAAGCUUGCAAACCUGAGGUGGAAGUGGAGGCUCUAGUGAUACAAGGACCAAAGCUGUCCACAGUGAUCAGCCAAGUGAAGAAGCUUGAUGUAUCUGUUCUGGUUUUGGGUCAGAAGAAACCUUCUCCACUCAUCAACUGCCUGUGUGGGACCAGCAGUGAGGAGGACUUCGUGGAGCAGUGCAUCAACAAUGCAGAAUGCCUUACAUUUGGGGUGAGGAAGCAAAGCAGUGGCAUGGGUGGCUAUCUUAUCAGCACCAGAUGGCAGAAGAACUUCUGGCUCUUGGCUUAACCAACCACUAACAAGACUUAACUAUAGAAGAAAGGGAGAAACGUGUGUGUAACUGGUUCUUGGUCUCCCUUUGUUGACAACUUGUGUAUCUUCUUCUAAUUUAUUAUCAUCACUGCAACUACAGAUCUCCUGUUCUACUUGUUUUUCUGUGUGACUUUAAACCAGAUGUUAUGUAAAAGCUUGUACUGUGUUCAAAUCUGGAGCAAGAUGUGGAUUUCGGGCCCAAAAUCUAGCUCCAUUCAUCAAUAAAACCAUCUCUCUUCUAUUUGGUUUCCUA